GGGAGUAAAGGCUGGAGCAGUGCGCCUGGAUCGGAUUUUUUUUUAUCUGCAAACUGGAUGUAAGGCAGACGUAAGACUUCAGACCUGUCCUUAUGUUUAAACCAAUGCGCACUUUUGUUAAAUGUUGUGUGGUGAGGAGUCCUGCGUUUAUUGAAGAGAAAAACACCGCUUUGCUCCAGCUGUGACCGAGGAAUGAAAACACCAAGAUGGUCCGCAUCGCCAAAGCCCUGGGACUGGUGAUCCUGUGCGUCGCAGUGCUCAUUCUCUCUCUCAUCAGUUAUGUGUCGCUAAGAAAAGACAACCUCUUCACAUCCUCCAAAUACUACAUGGGAGGCCCGAGGAUCAUGUUUCACGCAGGAUUUAGAUCUCAGUUUGCCAUGAAUUUCCUGGAUCCUUCCUUUAUUCCACUGACUACUGCCCUAAACGAAGAACUACAGGGCAAACCGUACAAGUGGAAGUUCAACAAGACUGCGUUCUAUCAGCAAAGGAAAGAUAUAUUUAGUUAUAUUGACAUUUCCAGCAACUUCAGCCUGACAAAGGACAGUGUGCGUGUGGGCCAGCUAAUGCACUUUGACUAUUCCAGCCACAAGUAUGUCUUCUCCAUAAGCAACAACUUCAAAUCUCUGCUUCCGGACACAUCCCCCAUACUUAACAAGCACUACAGCGUGUGCUCUGUGGUGGGGAACAGUGGGAUCCUGACCGAUAGCCACUGUGGCCCAGAAAUUGACCAGGCUGAUUUUGUUUUCCGCUGCAACUUUGCACCAACUGAGGUUUACUCCAAAGAUGUGGGCAAAAAGACAAAUCUAACUACCUUUAACCCCAGCAUCCUGGAGAGGUACUACAACAACCUGCUGACCAUCCAAGACAGGAAUAACUUUUUCUUAAACCUGAAGAAGUUGGAAGGAGCCAUUCUGUGGAUACCAGCCUUCUUUCUUCACACCUCAGCCACUGUCACCAGGACCCUGGUGGACUUUUUUGUGGAGCACAAGGGGCAGCUGAAGGUGGAACUGGCCUGGCCAGGGAAUAUCAUGCAUGAUGUAAAUAAAUAUUGGAGGACAAAAAACUUAUCACCCAAGCGACUGAGCACAGGAAUCCUCAUGUACACUCUGGCCUCCGCCAUGUGUGAUGAGAUCCACCUUUAUGGAUUCUGGCCUUUUGGCUGGGACCCCAACACUGGAAAGGACUUGCCAUAUCACUAUUAUGACAGAAAAGGGACCAAAUUUACCACCAAGUGGCAGGAGACUCAUCAGCUGCCCAACGAGUUCAAGCUGCUCUACAAACUCCACAGAGAAGGUGCGAUCAAACUGAGUCUGACACACUGCUCGUAGACAAGGUGACCCACAUACACUCACCCACUUUGGACUUCUGCUGUUGCUCAUAAAGCAUGACCAGUGUUAAAUAUCAUUUUGGCGCCUUCUUUACAAAUACAAGUUCACAGCCCAGUGUAAUUUCACAUGAUUGUGUUGGGAUUGAGUCUAAUAGACAGACAGGCUGGAGGGAUGAGCCUUGGCUGUGGUCAGAUAUUGGUCAUGUUUCGUGUUUUACAAAAAAAGCCGAGGCACACCGCAGUUACAUGUUUUUUGUUUACAUUUAUCUCAUAAGCAGCUCUUUUUCUUUUUUUCUGCUAUAGAAGGCCCAUAGUAUUGUUCCAAACUGAUUUAACACUGUUUCGAUUAUGUACACUGAAUUCACUGCCUUAUCUCAGGGAAGGAGUUAGAUCAGUGUUUUUGUAAUCUGAUUCAAUGCCUCAGCUCAAGAGGAGAUUUUCUUGUUGUUUAGUCCUUGUUCAGAUGUCAGACAAUCAGCACUCCUCUCGCUGGAAGAUGUUUUUGUUUACAAGAUUGUAUUUUUUGACAGUGAAAGUCAGCUAUUAUCAUAACAUUUGGAAUAAACAUUCCAAAACCAGCCAUACAAUUCCAGGACUCUGGGUAUUUUGGGGUAGUGCGAUUAUAGUACAGGUACAUUAACUCAAUCUAAGUUACACUAGUAGUAACCUCAUUUGAAAAAAAGGGAUCAUGUGUCUUAUUUGGAACAAAAAGAAUCACCUUCAACUUAAACUCUUGGUAAUACUUCCACUGCAGAGUCUACAGAACCCUACUGGUGAGGACUGUGGGAAAGAUGAAAUUAUGAACAAAUAAAUAAUAACUAAUGAAGCAACCCUAAUGAUAUUAACAUUAUUGACAUUUUGUGUGAUUGUGUCACAUAUUUACAUUUAAAAGAAGAGUUUGGAUGCUUUAAGAGUUCAGUAACAGUAUUGUCAGUGUUGGUUUAACUGAUUUUUUCUUCUCAAUGAAAACUUAGUUCAAGCUAAUUUCAACAGAUUUCCACCAUUUAUUUCAAAAUUAACAUUAUUUAUUUGUCAUGAGAAAUUGAAUAUAUUUAUUUUGCAUUAUUCUGGAUAGGUGAAUGUUACUCGUACUAACAUUUGAGUCCAAAAACACCUGUGGCAUAAGCAAUGAUUUGAAUGAAUAAUAUAUGCAACUUGAGGCAUCUUGCACGCAUGAUCCAUGAAGUGUGACAUUGCAUGUGAGAGACACUAACAGAUAUUUUAGGCAAGUUUUUUAAACAAAUGUACUGUUUGUAUUUAUCGUUUGUGUACUCAAAAUCUACAGUGACUUUUUGAAAUUACAUUUUGGCUACAACAAGGGACCAAACUUCUACAGUUAUUUUUGUCUUAAAACGAUACAAUAAAGAGAUUUAUGUUUUAUAUCUCUAUUCAACUUAAUAACAAAUAUCCCUUAGUGCCAGAGUGCUAGCAGAUUAACAAAUGGAACUGAUGACUGGGUCCAAACAUAGAGAGCUAGCCUCAUGACUGUCUUAUGAUUUCCAAACACGUGCUCAAAGCUGCAGAUACAUUUGUCAGAGCACCACGCUGUCAUUCAACUCCUGCUGUAAGUAAUGUGUUCAACAUGAUGCACUUUCAGCACUGACCAACGUUUGUCUGUCUUCUACAGAUACAUCAUACACAGUACAUAAAUGUGACCAUUUAUUUGUGUACUUGUUUUGUACUAAGCAUGCAUGCAGGGCACCAAAGACCUUGUGUUCAUAUGUAAUCUAAAGAAGUAUUAUUUUGGAACUUUUAUAGAUUAGUAAAACUGUCAUACUUUGCAUUUUCUGUUAUGUGAAAUACUUUUUGCAGUGACACCAAUUUUAAGUGCAUAGAAUAUUCUGCUUCUGAUUUAAGUCAAUGUAAUGUAGACUUUUUGUAACUUUAUGAAUGUUCUCCAAGUAUUUAUAAGAGUGAAAUGUGUGCCAGAUGUUUACCUUCUAAAUGUUAAGUUACAUAGAUCUUGAAAGAUAAUACACUCUGUAAUGACUGUAAUUAUCAACAUACAAUGCAUUGGUGCAUUCCAAUAACACAUAUAUACAUAACAAUUUAUUAAAUAUAUUGAUUUUUAACUGCCAUAUAACAGUCUUGUACUUUGUUCAAUCUGCAUGUCUGUCUUGUUCCAGAAAACAUAAUCCAUGGCUUUUUAUAUGUAAGCCAUGAAUUUACGACAUUUAAGGGGGUUUCUCUCCUCAUUCAUAAAUCAUACAUACAAUUCUAAAUGGUUUAAUUAUGCUCCAUGAUAAAUAUGUUAUGUGCCUGUAUUUCUUACAUAAAUGCCUCAAUGGAACAAUAAAUCAUAUUCUUCUGAG